AUGGCUCAACGUGAAGCUAAACACUUUAACUUGAAAAACGGGAAGGAAGAGUAUUUUUUAAAUCUUACUAUUUUGAAAAGCACGCACACAUGUCGAGCCAGUGAAGUACGUUGUAGUUCUGGAGCUCUGCAGUGUAUUCCUGCCUCCUGGAAAUGUGAUGGUGUAAAAGACUGUGGUGAUGGAGGUGAUGAGGAGAACUGUGGCAUCCUUACCUGUAAUCCACUAGAGUUUACUUGUACCAGUGGUCGAUGCAUAUCCAAGGAGUUUCGUUGCAAUGGUGCAGAUGACUGUGGUGAUGGAAGUGAUGAAAAAGGCUGUGAAUCACAUACCUGUGGCCUGCAUGAGUUUCAGUGCAACAAUUCAGAAUGCAUCCCCCUGAAUUGGGUGUGUGAUACCAAUGCUGACUGUGCUGAUAAAUCUGAUGAGGCUCCAGACAAGUGUGGCUAUACACUUUCAAUUGUGACUUGUUCUCCUGCUGAGUUCUUGUGUGAUUCUGGUGAAUGCAUUCAUCAGCAGUGGUACUGUGAUGGAGAUAGAGACUGCCAUGAUGGAAGUGACGAAACAAAAUGUCCAUCUGAAACAUGCAAAUCUGGCUACUUCAGAUGUGAUAAUAAUUGUGUACCUGACAGCAAGAAAUGCAACCAGUUUAUUGAUUGCAUUGAUGGCAGUGAUGAGCUCAACUGUGAAAGUAAGUAUACAUUUAAAUUCAGUAAGUUUUUCUGGGCUAUAGACUGCACAGGGCCUUAUGACUUCAGAUGUCAGACUGGAGAAUGUAUCAACAUAACCCAAGUGUGCAACCAGCAACAAGAUUGUAAGGACUGGAGUGAUGAGCCCCUCAAAGAAUGCAAUGCAAAUGAAUGCCUUGCAAACAAUGGGGGCUGUUCUCACAUCUGCAGAGAUCUUCUCAUUGGUUAUGAGUGUAAAUGUCCACCUGGCUUUGAACUGGUUGACCAACACUCCUGUGCAGAUGUUGAUGAAUGCCUAAAUCCAGGAACCUGUAGUCAAGUUUGCCUUAAUUCAGUUGGAAGCUUCCAAUGUGAAUGUUUAAAAGGAUAUCAUGUAGAUCCCAUCAAUGGGGCUUGCAAGGCUGUAGGAGAAGAGCCAUUUUUGGUUUUUACUAAUCGUCACAACAUCAGGAAAAUUGGAUUACAUCACCUGGAAUACACUCAGAUAGUUGACCAGCUGAGAAAUGCUGUUGCACUUGAUGCUGAUGUUGCAGCACAGACCAUCUUCUGGGCUGACUUGGUACAGCAUGCAAUUUUCAGUGUACUAAUUGAUAACCAAGAUGGUACGCUUGAGAUUUCAAGAGUCUUCAGUAAUGUAUACCUCCCUGUGGGAAUUGCUGUAGACUGGAUUCAUGCCAACAUUUAUUGGACAGAUUCAGGGGCUAAAACCCUUUCAGUGGGCAAUUUCAAGGGAACAAAAAGCAAGAUCCUGUUUGAGGACAAUCUAAAGGAACCAGCAUCUAUAGUAGUUGAUCCACUAACUGGGUUCAUGUACUGGUCAGACUGGGGCGAACCAGCAAAGAUUGAAAAGGCAGGAAUGAAUGGUGCUGAUCGCCAGCUGUUUGUUACUGGUGACAUUUACUGGCCAAAUGGCAUUACACUUGAUCUUGUGAAAAGCCGUUUAUACUGGGUUGAUUCAAAGCUGCACACGCUGUCGAGCAUUGAUCUAAAUGGUCAGGAUAGGCAAACUGUAUUGAGAUCUGAAGAAUUCCUUGCUCAUCCUCUUGGUGUGGCUAUGUUUGAGGAUCGUGUGUUUUGGAUUGACGGUGAGAAUGAAAUGAUUUAUAGUGCCAAUAAAUUCACAGGCGCUAAUGUGGUAACUUUAGCCUCCAACCUUGAUGAGCCUCAUGAUAUUAUUGUUUAUCACAAGUUAACACAGCCAUCAGGUAAAAACCGAUGUAAUGGGAGCUUGAAUGGAGGUUGUGAAUACAUGUGUCUUCCUGCUCCUCGAAUUAGUAUUCACUCAUCAACAUACACUUGUCUCUGUCCAAAUGACAUGGACUUGAAUGCAGAUGGAAAAUCAUGUAGACCAGCUAACACAACCAUCUGUGGAGCACUUGCCUUUGUGUGUCCUGAUGGACAAUGCCUGCCCCUCAAACUGAAAUGUGAUGGCCAUGCUGACUGUGAAGAUGGAUCUGAUGAAAUAGCAGAAACAUGCUACCUGAGUAUGUGCGCUUUCAAUGAAGUAAGCUGUGGCCCUGGAUCCCUGGAGUGUAUUCCAGCUGUUUGGAAGUGUGAUGGAGUGGAGGACUGUGAUACUGGCAAUGAUGAAGAUGAUUGUGGUAACCAUACAUGCAGCACAGAAGAAUUUGCCUGUGCCAGUGCCAGAUGUAUUUCUGUGGCAUUUGUCUGUAAUGGUGAAGAUGAUUGUGGUGAUGGAAGUGAUGAGGAGAACUGUACCUUAAUCUCCUGUGGGCCACAUGAGUUCCAAUGUAAUAAUUCUGAAUGUAUACCUUCAAGCUGGAUCUGUGACACUAAUGUUGACUGUAGUGAUCAAUCAGAUGAAUCUCCAGUUCUUUGUGGGCAUCCCCUUCCUCCUGUGACUUGCCCUCCUAAUGAGAUCACUUGUGGUUCUGGCGAAUGUAUCCAUAGUCGAUGGUACUGUGAUGGUGAUGUGGACUGUCGAGACGGAAGUGAUGAAGCUGACUGCCCUCCUCUAACAUGUCAGCCACAUCAUCUUCCUUGUGAUAAUGGAAGUUGCAUUCCAGAAAGCAGACAAUGCAAUGGAUUUCAAGACUGUGUUGAUGGCAGUGAUGAGUUGAAUUGUAAGAAUGGUAAGUGUCUUGCAUCCACUUUCAUCUCCUCAGAAUGCACAGGACCCAAUGACUUCAAAUGCCAAAGUGGAGAAUGUAUAUCUCUAAGCCAAGUAUGUGAUCGUCAUCAAGAUUGCAAGGACUGGAGUGAUGAGCCCCUCAAAUACUGCCACUUAAAUGAAUGUCUUACAAACAAUGGAGGCUGCUCACAUGUCUGCAGAGACCUGGUCAUUGGUCAUGAAUGUAUCUGUCCUACUGGCUUUGAAUUGGUUGAUGAAAAAACAUGUGCAGAUAUUGAUGAAUGUCAAGAUGUUGGUGUCUGCAGCCAAACUUGCAUUAAUACAAAUGGAAGCUUUAAAUGUGAAUGUUUGGCAGGAUAUCUCCUGGAUACAACCAAUCAAAGCUGCAAGGCAGUAGGAGGCAACGAGCCUUAUUUGAUCUUUACUAACCGUCAUGAUAUCCGGAAGAUGGGACUUUAUCACCAAGAAUACACUCAGAUAGUUGACCAGCUGAGAAACGCUGUUGCAUUGGAUGUUGAUGUUUCAGAACAAGAAGUCUUUUGGGUUGACUUGGGUCAGCAAGCAAUCUUCAGUUUGUUCAUGUCUGAAAAGAAAAGUAAAAUUGGUGUCACUAGAGUUAUUGAGCAUGUGGAUAGUCCUAUGGGGAUUGCUGUAGACUGGAUCCACAAGCAUAUUUACUGGACUGAUCGGGGUACCAGAACCAUCUCUGUGGCUACGUUUGAUGGAACUGCAAGGAGAACUUUGUUUGACACAGACCUGAGGGAACCAGCUUCUGUGGCAGUUGAUCCAUUAACUGGGUUCAUCUACUGGUCAGAUGUAGGUGAGCCAGCCUUGAUAGAAAAAGCAGGGAUGAAUGGUGUCAACAGGCAGCGUCUGGUUAGCAGUGAGAUCCAGUCACCAAAUGGCAUUACACUUGAUCGUGUGAAAAGCCGCCUCUAUUGGGUUGACUCCAAACUCCACACAUUGUCCAGUGUAGAUGUCGACGGACAGGACCGAAGAACAGUACUUUAUUCACAUGAAUUCCUUGCCCAUCCCUUUGCUAUCACCUUAUUUGAGGAUUAUGUAUUCUGGACUGAUGAAAUAAACACAGCUAUUUUUGGAGCCAACAAGUACACAGGAGCAAAUGUCAUGACUUUGGUUUCCAAUCUUCAACCUCAUGAUGUUGUCAUUUAUCAUGAUUUAAUGCAACCAGCUGGCAAAAACUGGUGCACUGAGGAACUGGAAAAUGGAGGCUGUAAAUACCUCUGCCUACCUGGUCCACAGAUUGACCAAUUGCCAAAGUACACCUGUGUAUGUCCCACUGGAAUGAAACUAAAAGAUGGACUGUGUGAACUGGGUGGUAAUACUACCUGCCAAGUGUCAGAUUUCAUUUGUCGUGAUGGACAAUGUGUGCCCAGUAAAUGGCAGUGUGAUGGUGUUGCUGAUUGUGAAGAUGGAUCUGAUGAAGCCUCUGACGUUUGCUAUACUAGCAUCUGUCACAUGAAUGAAAUUAGCUGUGGCUCUGGCUCCUCCCAGUGUAUUCCUGCGAGUUGGAAAUGUGAUGGAGAAAAGGACUGCAGUACUGGCAGCGAUGAAGCAAAUUGUGGUAACCUUACUUGCAGUCCAGGAGAGUUCACUUGCUCCAGUGGUAGAUGUGUUUCCAGUGUGUUUGUCUGCAAUGGGGAAGAUGACUGCAGUGAUGGAAGUGAUGAAAGAAACUGUGUGCCAUCUAUCUGUCACCCACAUGAGUUCCAUUGCAAUAAUUCCAAGUGCAUUCCCUUGGAUUGGGUGUGUGAUGGCCAUGCCGACUGUGGCGACCAGUCUGAUGAAUCUCCAGACCACUGUGGGCACAACACUGUUCUCCCUGUGACUUGCUCCCCUGAUGAUAUUCGGUGCCAUUCUGGUGAAUGCAUUCACAGUAAAUGGUUUUGUGAUGGUGAUACUGACUGUAAAGAUGGAAGUGACGAAAUUAAUUGUCCUCUGCUAACAUGUAAGCCAGAUACUUUCCAAUGUGAUGGAACAUGUCUUCCUGGAAACAUAAAGUGUGAUGGUGUUUGGGACUGUACUGAUGGAAGUGAUGAAGUCAACUGCAAGAGUGGUAGGUUUAUAGCAUAUUGCUAAAAAACAAUCAAAAUUUUAGAAUGUACAGGACCCAAUGACUUCAAAUGCCAAAGUGGUGAAUGUAUAAACAUAUCUUUAGUGUGUAACAAACAUCAAGACUGCAAGGACUGGAGUGAUGAACCCAUUAAAGGAUGCCAUGUGAAUGAAUGUCUACUGAAUAAUGGGGGCUGUUCUCACAACUGCACCGAUCUGGUUAUUGGUUACAAAUGUGGAUGCCCUGCAGGCUUCCAUCUGUCUACCAGGACUUGCAUAGAUGUUGAUGAAUGUCAAACUCCUGAAACCUGCAGUCAAAUUUGCAUCAAUUUGGAAGGUAGCUACAAGUGUGAAUGUCACCAAGGAUAUCAUAUGGAUCCAGCUAAUGGGGUUUGCAAGGCAGUUGGGAAAGAACCAUAUUUGAUCUUCACUAACCGGCAUGACAUUCGGAAACUAGGACUGCAUCAUCACGAAUACACUCAAGUAGCUGUGCAGUUGAGAAAUGCUGUAGCAUUGGAUGCUGACAUUGCUGAACAAAGAAUAUACUGGGCUGAUGUGGGUCACCAGGCAAUUUUCAGUAUGUCUGUUAAUAAAUUGAAAGACCAAGCUGGUAAAUCUGUGGUGGUCCGAGAUCUAGAAAUCCCAGUGGGAAUUGCUGUUGACUGGAUUUACAAACACCUCUACUGGACUGAUCGUGGUAGUAAAACUAUAUCUGUUGCAACACUUGAUGGAACCAAAAGAACUGUCCUCUUUAACACUGACCUAAAAGAACCAGCUUCUAUAGAAGUUGAUCCACUAUCUGGAUUUGUUUACUGGUCAGACUGUGGUGACCCUCCCAAAAUAGAAAAAUCAGGAAUGAAUGGUAUGGGUCGACAAGUCCUAGUUACUGGAUGGAUUCAGCAGCCAAAUGGAAUUGCACUUGAUCUAGUGAAAGGCCGCCUCUAUUGGAUUGACUCCAAGUUGCACAUAUUGUCAAGUAUUGAUCUCAAUGGUCAAGAUAGAAGGGUAGUGCUGCAGUCCAAGGAAUUCCUUGCUCAUUCGUCUGCAGUCUCAGUAUUUCAGGAUAGUGUCUUCUGGAUUGAUGAGGAAAAUGAAGCUAUUCAUGAAGCCAACAAGUUCACUGGAGAAAAUCUUGUAACUUUGGUUUCUAAUCUGAAUGGACCUAAAGAUGUCAUUAUUUAUCAUGAGUUGAUGCAGCAAUCAGGAAGGAACUGGUGUGAUAUACCUAAGAAUGGAGCUUGUGAAUACAUGUGUGUGCCUGCCCCUCAAAUUAGCAGCUCUUCCAGGAGAUCGACCUGUAUAUGUCCACUUGGAAUGACAUUAGAGGAUGGGUGGUAUUGUAAAACAGGUAACGUGACCUGUAAGCCAUCAGAUUUUAUGUGCCCAAGUGGAAAAUGCAUACCUAGCCGGUGGUUAUGUGAUGGUAAUGCUGACUGUAAAUAUGGAUCUGAUGAAAGCCCUGAAAUAUGUCAUGGGAAAAUGUGUCAAAUCCAUGAAAUAAGCUGUGGACCUGGAACAUCCCAAUGUAUUCCUGUCUCUUGGAGAUGUGAUGGUGAAAAGGAUUGUGAUAACGGUGGUGAUGAGGAAGAUUGUGGUGCUGCUACUUGUGGUCUGACUGAAUUUACCUGCUCUAGUGGCCGAUGUAUUUCAACAGCAUUUGUCUGCAAUGGUGCAGAUGACUGUGGUGAUGGAAGUGAUGAAAAGGGUUGUGCACCAGCUUCCUGUGGCCUGCAUGAGUUUCAAUGCAAUAGCUCAGAGUGCAUCCCCUCGAACUGGGUGUGUGACACAAAUGCUGAUUGUGCUGACCAGUCUGAUGAAUCUCACGACCUCUGUGGGCAUAUCCAUCCUCCUUUGACCUGUCCUCCCAAUGCAAUUCAGUGUGGCUCAGGCGAAUGUAUCCACAGUCGCUGGUAUUGUGAUGGUGACAUUGACUGCAAAGAUGGAAGUGAUGAAGUCCACUGUCCUGUCCACACAUGCAGACCAGAUCACUUCAGAUGUGGUGAUGGUGUUUGUAUCCAUAAUGACAAGAAAUGCGAUGGAAUUAAAGACUGUCUUGAUGCUACUGACGAAUUUGGCUGUAUAAAUGCUACAGAGUGCAUAGGAGCCACUGAAUUUAAAUGUGGCAGUGGUGAAUGCAUACAUAUGAGUAAAGUUUGUGACCAGCAUCGUGACUGCAGGGAUUGGAGUGAUGAACCAUCCAACAAAUGUAAUGUGAAUGAGUGCUUGGAUAACAAUGGUGGCUGUUCACACAUCUGUAAGGAUCUGAGUAUUGGCUAUGAAUGUGAUUGUCCUGCUGGCUUCAAAAUAACUGAUAAAACCUGUGAAGAUAUUGAUGAAUGCAAGAAUGUUGGGACCUGCAGUCAAACUUGCAUCAAUUUAGAAGGAAGCUAUAUGUGCAGCUGUCAUGUUGGAUAUCACAUGGAUCCAGCUAGUGGAGUUUGCAAGGCCGUAGGCAAGGAGCCAUACUUAAUCUUCACUAAUCGUCAUGACAUCAGAAGAUUGGGAUUGUAUCACAAAGAGUACAGCCAGCUAGUAGCACAGCUGAGAAAUGUUGUGGCACUGGAUGCUGAUGUUGCACAGCAGAUGAUCUUCUGGGCUGACCUGGGACAGCGGGCGAUUUUCAGAAUGCCAAUAGAUGAACGCACAAGCAAUGCUACUAUUUCCAGGAUUGUUAGCAAUGUAAGAAUUCAUGUUGGCAUUGCUGUUGACUGGAUCUACAACAAUAUUUACUGGACUGAUAUGGGUGCUAGGACCAUUUCUGUUACAAGCUUUGAUGGAAUCCGAAGGAGAAAACUCUUUGAUAGCAACUUGAGAGAACCAGCUUCUAUAGCAGUUGAUCCUCUGUUGGGGUAUAUGUACUGGUCAGACUGGGGCGAGCCAGCAGUAAUUGAAAAAGCAGGAAUGAAUGGCGUUGGCCGCACACUGCUAGUUACCAGAGAUAUUGAAUGGCCGAGUGCCAUUACACUUGAUCUCACACAAAGCCGUCUAUAUUGGGUUGACUCUAAAUUGCACAUUCUGUCAAGUGUACAUGUGACUGGAGAAGAUAGAAGAACUGUGCUUUCCUCACCCAAAUUUCUAGCUCAUCCUUAUGGUGUAUCAGUAUUUGAGGAUCAUAUCUUUUGGACUAGCUGGAAGCAUAACACCAUAUAUAGAGCAAAUAAAUAUACAGGAGAGGAUCUGAUUGCCUUAAUCACUAAUCUCCAGGAAGUUCGGGACAUGAUCAUCUAUCAUGAGCAUAUACAGCCAUCAGGCAAGGACUGGUGUAAGGAGAAUAUAAAAGAUGGAGGAUGUAAAUACAUGUGUCUACCAGCUCCUCAAAUCAACAGUUACAGUCCCAAAUACACCUGUGUGUGUCCACCUGGAAUGGAGUUGCAAAAAGAUGGGCGUGACUGUGGAGCAGUCAAAACCAUCUGUGGUGUAACGGAGGUGAAGUGCAAUGAUGGACAAUGUAUACCUGAGAGAUGGCAAUGUGAUGGUGAAGCUGACUGUCAUGAUGGAUCAGAUGAAAGUGAAGAAGUUUGCUACCUGAGAAUGUGUCCCAUUGGGGAAGUUAAAUGUGGCCCUGGAUCUCUUCAAUGUAUUCCUGUUUCCUGGAAAUGCAAUGGCAUACAAGAUUGUGGUGAUGGUGCUGAUGAGGAAAACUGUGGCCAAGUAACCUGCAGUCCAACAGAGUUCACUUGUUCCAAUGGCAGAUGCAUUUCCAAGAAAUUUAUCUGUAACGGUGAUGAUGAUUGUGGUGAUGGAAGUGACGAAACAAGCUGUCGGCCAACUUCCUGUGGCCCGCAUGAGUUUCAGUGCAGUCAUUCUUCAGAGUGUAUACCCUUGAGCUGGCUGUGUGACCACAAUGUUGAUUGUGCUGAUCAAUCCGAUGAAUCUCCAGACAGAUGUGGUGGCAUAACAACAGCUCUCCUUGCCACUUGCUCUCCUAAUGACCGUCUGUGUGGCUCUGGUGAAUGUAUUAACCAGAAAUGGUUUUGUGAUGGAGAUGUUGACUGCAAAGAUGGCAGCGAUGAAGCAAAUUGUCCACCUCCAACGUGUAGACCUGAUUACUUCAGAUGCAGUGAUGGUGGCUGUAUUCCUGGACACAGACAAUGCAAUGGAGUUAGUGAUUGCCCAGAUAGCAGUGAUGAAAUCGGCUGUAAGAAGGUUGCGGAGUGCGCAGGACCCAUGGACUUCAAGUGUCAAAGUGGUGAAUGUAUUAGCAUAUCGCAAGUCUGUAAUAAACAGCAGGAUUGCAAGGAUUGGAGUGAUGAGCUCCUUGGAAAAUGCAAUGUGAAUGAAUGCCUGAUUAACAAUGGAGGUUGUUCUCAUAUCUGUCAUGAUCUUGUAAUUGGAUAUGAAUGUGACUGUCCUGUUGGCUUUGAAUUGGUUGAUCGAACCUGUGAAGACAUUGAUGAAUGUCAAAAUCCUGGAACAUGCAGCCAGAUUUGUAUGAAUCUGGAAGGAAGUUUCAAGUGUGAAUGUCACCCUGGCUAUCACAUGGACCUGACUAAUACUAUUUGCAAGGCAAUAGGAGAGGAGGCUUAUUUAAUGUUCACGAAUCAGCAUGACAUUCGGAAACUAGGACUGCAUCAUCACGAGUAUACUGAAGUCGUAGUGCAGUUGAGAAAUGCUGCUGCUUUGGAUGUGGAUGUUGCUGAAGAGAGAAUCUUCUGGACUGAAUUAGGCCAACGUGCAAUUCUUAGUAUGUCCAUGAAUGAUGACCAACCUGAGAUUUCCAAAAUUGAAGAUGUGGACAUUCCAGCAGGAAUUGCAGUGGAUUGGAUCUACAAGCAUCUCUAUUGGACUGAUCAGGGUUCUAAAACAAUAACUGUGGCUACAUUUGAUGGAACUAAAAGGAAGGCGCUCUUUGACACUGAUUUAAGGGAACCAACUUCUGUUGCAGUUGAUCCAAUUACUGGGUUUAUGUACUGGUCAGAUUGUGGGGAACCAGCAGUGAUUGAGAAAGCAGGAAUGAAUGGUGCUAACCGUCAGGAUCUUGUGUCAAAAGAGAUUCAGUGGCCAAGUGGCCUUGCACUUGAUCUUGUGAAAAGCUGCUUGUAUUGGGUUGAUUUGAAGUUACACAUGGUAUCAAGUAUAGGUCUAAAUGGCCAUGAUAGAAGAACGGUGUUGUGGUCAAAGGAAUUCCUCCUUCAUCCUUUUGCUGUCUCUGUAUUUGAGGACACUGUUUUCUGGAUUGAUGCAGCAACACAAACUAUAUAUGGAGCCAAUAAGUACACUGGAGACGAUGUGAAGGUUUUGGCUUCCAACCUUCAUAAGCCACGUGACAUCAUUGUUUAUAACAAGCUGUUACAGCCAUCUGGUAAAAAUUGGUGUACUAAAAGCUUGAAGAAUGGAGGCUGUGAUUUCAUGUGUCUCCCUGCUCCGUGGUUCAACAGUCAGUCACCAAAAUACACUUGUGUGUGUCCGUCUGGAAAGGAACUGGAGCCAAAUGGAAAACACUGUAGAAUUGCAAAUGCAUCUGUACCUGCAACAACCCUCGUAUCAACUUUGCCCUCUAGUACCACAAAACACCCACUGACUGAUCAGCAUACGGUCACUUCUCCUAGAGGGAGAGAUACGAGUGCUACACUUGGUAAAGUCAACAAAUCGGAGAGUGGCUCUGGGGCUGGUUGGAUUGCACUUGCUAUCUUACUCUUAACCAUGGCUGUGGUUGCUGCCUACCUGAAAUGGCAGGACUGGAAGAAGAAGACCCAGCAGAGCAUCUUAGUUAUUGACACCCAGCUGAAGAGAAAAUGUAUUGAUGUUUCUGAUGUCUACACACAUGCCAAACAGGUUCGGGACUGUGAAAAAGAAUUAUCAUUACUAGAGGAAAGCGGACUUUGGAUCAUUGCUGUUCCUUUAAGAAUUGACAUGAUUCCUUUUCGGGUAGCUUUGUUGCUACUGCUGGUAGUAUGUUUAAACCCGACCAGGCUCGUAAAUGGGUCAAGAGCAUCCUGUGGUGCAUCAUGGUUUCAGUGUGGAAAUGGACGGUGUGUGCCAUUAAUAUGGAAAUGUGAUGGAGAUGAUGACUGUACUGAUGGUAGCGAUGAGAGUGAUUGUGGUAAAAUCACCUGUGGACCAUCAGACUUUGUAUGCCAUAAUGGACAUUGUGUGCCAAGCAAAUGGCAGUGUGAUGGCUCAUCUGACUGUGAGGAUGGAUCAGAUGAAAGUCCUGAUAUCUGUCAUGCACAGAUGUGCCAGUUGCAUGAAAUAAGCUGUGGUCCUGACUCUCUUCAGUGUAUUCCUGAUUCCUGGAAAUGUGAUGGAGAAAAGGACUGUGACAAUGGCAGUGAUGAAGAGAACUGUGGCACUUUGGUUUGCAGUAUACUUGAGUUCACAUGUGCCAACAGCAGAUGCAUUUCCAAAACAUUUAUCUGCAAUGGUGAAGAUGACUGUGGUGAUGGGAGUGAUGAACGAGGUUGUGCCCCAUUUGUUUGUCACAUUCAUGAAUUUCAGUGUAAUAGUUCUGAAUGUAUCCCUAUGAAUUGGGUGUGUGACACUAAUGCUGACUGUGCUGACCAGUCUGAUGAAGCUCCAGAACAUUGUGGGUAUACACUUGCCCCUGUGACCUGCUCCUCCAGUGAGUUCGUGUGCACAUCUGGUGAAUGCAUCAAUCACAGUUGGUACUGUGAUGGUGAUAAUGAUUGCAAAGAUGGAAGUGAUGAAGUGAACUGCCUUCCUCAAACAUGUAGACCAGAUUACUUUCAAUGUGGUGAUGGUAAUUGCAUCCCUGGGAACAAGAUCUGCAAUAACUUUGCAGACUGCUCUGAUGCUAGUGAUGAAGCCAACUGCAAGAAUGACUGCACUGGUCCCUCUGACUUUAAAUGCCAAAGUGGAGAAUGCAUAGCUAUAACCCAAGUAUGUGACCACAAAUGGGACUGCAGAGAUCGGAGUGAUGAACCCUUCAAAUGCCGGCUGAAUGAAUGUUUGGUGAACAAUGGAGACUGCUCUCAUAUUUGCAGGGACCUUCUUAUUGGUUAUGAAUGUGAUUGUCCUGCUGGGUUUGAGCUUGUUGAUGGCAGAAUUUGUGAUGGUAAGUUGCUGUCUGCAUCAUCAUACAAAUCUAACCUCCUGAUCUAUAAUACUAGAUUUUUGUUUUUAGAUACCAAUGAGUGUCUCAACCCUGGAGCCUGCAGUCAGAUUUGUAUUAACUUGAAAGGAAGCUACAAAUGUGAAUGUUAUGAAGGGUAUCACAUGGAUCCUGCUACUAGAGUUUGCAAGGCUACUGGCAAAGAGCCUUACCUGAUCUUCACAAAUCGUCAUGACAUUCGGAAACUGGGACUGCAUCAUCAAGAGUAUAGCCAGGUACUUGUGCAGCUGAGAAAUGCUGCAGCACUAGAUGCUGAUGUUGUAGAGCAAGAGAUCUUCUGGGCUGACUUGAGCCAGCAGGCAAUUUUCAGUGCAUCCAUGAAUAGAUACAAAGGCAAAACUGGUCAGUCAGUCCUUGCCAAGGACUUGGGCAUUCCUGUGGGAAUUGCUGUGGAUUGGAUUUACAAGCACAUAUAUUGGACUGACCGUGGUACAAAAACAAUAUCUGUGGCGACAUUGGAUGGAUCCAGAAAGACUGUUCUCUUUGACAGCAACUUAACAGAGCCUGCUUCUAUAGCAGUUGAUCCACAUUCUGGCUAUCUCUACUGGUCAGAUUGGGGUGAGCCAGCAAAGAUCGAAAAAGCAGGAAUGAAUGGCAAUGACCGUAAUGUUCUUGUGGCUACAGAUAUUCAAUGGCCAAAUGGCAUUGCUCUUGAUCUUGUGAGAAGCCGGCUCUAUUGGGUUGACUUAAAGCUGCACACUCUAACAAGUGUAGACUUAAAUGGCCAAGACAGAAGAAUUGUACUGCAGUCAAGAGAAUUCCUCCCUAACCCUCUUAGAAUCAGCAUAUUUGAAGAUCGUGUCUUCUGGGUUGAUGGAGAAAAUAAAGCUUUAUAUGGAGCCAACAAAUUUACAGGUUCAGAUAUAGAGCUUUUAGCCGCCAACCUGACUGAACCUUCAGACAUCAUUGUUUAUCACAAGCUAACUCAGCCAGCAGGUAAAAACUGGUGUGCUGAGAAUGAGAAGACCAGAAGCUGUGAGUACAUGUGUCUGCCAGCUCCUCAGACCAGCAGUUAUGGCCCAAGAUACACAUGUGUCUGUCCAUCUGGAAUGAAACUCCAAAAGGAUGGAUGGCAUUGCGGAAUGGCUGCAACCUGUGGAACAUCUGACUUCAUGUGCAACAACAGACAAUGCAUAGCCAGUAGGUGGCUGUGUGAUGGUAAAGCUGACUGUGAAGAUGGAUCUGAUGAGCUGGCAGAAGUCUGUCAUGAAAUAACCUGUCUUGGCCAUGAGGUCAGCUGUGGUCUAGGGUCACUUCAGUGUAUUCCUGUCGCUUGGAGAUGUGAUGGUGAAAAGGACUGCAGUAAUGGUGGUGAUGAAGCUGGCUGUGGCAUAAUCACUUGCAGUCCAGAAGAGUUCACAUGUCUCAGUGGCAGUUGCAUUUCCAGAACAUUUGUCUGCAAUGGUGAGGAUGACUGUGUUGAUGGAAGUGAUGAACAGAAAUGCCCUUCUCACAUCUGUGGCAUUCAUGAGUUUCAUUGCAACAGUUCAGAGUGUAUACCCUCUAGCUGGGUAUGUGAUGGCAAUGUGGAUUGCACUGACCAAUCUGACGAGUCACCAGAACACUGUGGGCACACAAUCCCCCCUCCUGUAAUCUGUGCUCCUAAUGAAUUCCAGUGUGGUUCUGGUGAAUGUAUCCAAAGUCGCUGGUACUGUGAUGGUGAUACUGACUGCAGAGAUGGAAGUGAUGAGACAAACUGCCCUCUUCAAACAUGUCAACCUGAUCAGUUCCGCUGUGGUGAUGGCAAUUGCAUUCCCAGGAGCAAGAAAUGCAACUUCUUUAGGGACUGUCAUGAUGGCAGCGAUGAAUUCAACUGCAGGAAAAUUUCUGAAUGCAGUGGACCUACUGACUUUAGAUGCAAAAGUGGUGAAUGCAUAAACAUCACCUUAGUAUGCAACCACCAGCAGGACUGCAAAGACUGGAGUGAUGAACUUAAUGGAUGUAAUCAAAAUGAAUGUUUGAAGAAGAAUGGUGGUUGCUCUCACUUCUGUCAUGAUCUUGUCAUUGGUUAUGAAUGUGAAUGCCCUACUGGCUUUGAACUAAUUGACCAGAAAACAUGUGCAGAUAUAAAUGAGUGUCUCAAUCCUGGAUCCUGCAGCCAGAUCUGCAUCAAUACAGAAGGAAGCUACAAUUGUGAAUGCCAUGCUGGAUAUAUCUCAGAUCCAGCUACUGGAGCCUGUAAGACUGCAGGAGGAGAGGAGCCAUGUUUGAUCUUUGUAAAUCACCACGAUAUUCGGAAGUUGGGACUGCAUCACCAAGAGUAUACACAAGUUGCUAAAGAUCUAAGAAAAGCUGUGGCAUUAGAUGCUGAUAUUGCAGAGCAGAGGAUUUUCUGGGCUGAUGUGAGCCAGCAGGCAAUUUUCAGCAUGGUCAUGAAUGAAAGUGCUGAUGAAGCUAGCAUUUUCGAGAUCAAUGGCAACUUGCAAAUUCCAGUAGGAAUUGCAGUGGAUUGGAUCUAUAAAAAUGUCUAUUGGACUGACCGUGGGACCAAUACUAUAUCUGUGGCUACAUUUGAUGGAAAGAGAAAGAUCACCCUCUUUGACACUGACCUGAGGGAACCAGCUUCAAUAGCUGUUGAUCCACUAAAUGGGUUUAUCUACUGGUCAGAUUGGGGUGCCCCAAAGAUUGAAAAAGCUGGCAUGAAUGGUGUUAAUCGUCAGCUCUUGGUUUCCACUAAGAUUGCGUGGCCAAAGGGCAUUUCACUUGACUUUGUGAAAAGUCGUCUCUACUGGGUUGAUGCAAAAUUGCACAUGAUAGCAAGUGUAGACUUGAAUGGUCAGAAUAGAAGAACAGUAUUGCAGUCAGAAAAAUUCCUAGCACAUCCCUGUGCAGUUGCCUUAUUUGAGGAUCAUGUAUUCUGGGUUGAUGCAGACAACAAAGCAGUUUAUGGAGCCAACAAGUACACAGGCAAUAAUGUACAAGCUUUGGCUUCAAAUGUUGAUGCUCAAGAUAUCAUUGUUUAUCAUGAGCUUAUUCAGGCACCUGGAAAAAACUGGUGUGACCAAAAUGAAGUCUGCGAGUACAUGUGUCUUCCUGCUCCUCAAAUCAACAGUCAAUCAGCAAAGUAUACUUGUGUGUGCCCAACUGGAAUGGAGUUGACCAAAGAUGAACAACAGUGUCAACCAAUAACUGCACCUACAGCAGCAAAUGUGUCUACAAUGGCUUCCAGUGUUGCCCCUGAAUAUUCCUCCGGUCUGUCUACCAUGUCACCAACCAUCUUAGCUACAUCUAAAGGUGUCAAGUCACCUUCACGUGAAGAAAAGUCACAAGGGUCUACAGCUGUUUGGGUCAUUUUUAUUCUUGCCCUUCUGACAAUAACUGGCUUUGUCAGCUACUUUGGUUGGCAGUCCUGGCAAAAGAAGAAUGUGCAGUACAUCAGUUUUGAAAAUCCAGUGUUUCAGCGUAAAUCUGACUAA